GUGCAAGGGCGACCACUGAGCUGCAUGUUCCCCAUGUCCAACACGCGAGACGUCCGCAUCGCUGAUCAGUCGUCAUGCGCAGCAUACCCCAUCCGCCGCGCAAUCACCACAGCAGCGAAACCCAUCACGAGGCCCGACUGAAAACGCCUCUGCUACAGGUCGCCUUUGCAUACUGUGGAGAGAGAUGCAUUUUGACCCUUUAUUUGCGUUUGCAUUCCCCGAGACGCAAUCGCGUUGGCAAGCGACCUGGGGCCGAGCUAUGUAUCCUAGAUCCCACGGGUGCGUCGAACACCUCUUUGAUCGCGCAAUGACGACUCGCGUUUCGUCGGAUCGGGUACUCCUCUACUCUACACGUAAUUUACCGGUGGGCAACGAAAUUGAUAGAACUCUGAUAGCACGGUCCUCGCUUUCUCUCUCGUACAUAAAAGAAACGCUUCUCGUUGAGAUGGAGGAGGAAUCGAUGAUGUGCGCCAGCACUCGGCACGAGCUACAUAUAAGCGCCGUCACCCUCAUCUUGCUCUUUGGCGAGACGCCGCUCGACUCGCGUCGAUUUGUGGCGGGAGGCUGACGUGACGAAAUGAGCGGAACAGGGCGAGGCGAAAGGAACAUGUCGUGUCGGUUCGGAUGUUCGCUGCUGCUGCUGACAAAGAUGGUG